GUGAAAUAAUUCGUCUGCUUAUUUUUGUUACUUUGGUUUUGUUUGAAUUGUUCAUUUUGUUUAAAUAAUGAGACCUCAUAUAUUUUUACGACACCAAAAAUUGUUGUCACGAUGUUUUAGUCGGUAUUUUUCAUCGAUUUCAUCUCAAAAUAAUGGUACAGUGCAGCUUUCAUACAAUGAAUAUGGGGAUGGAUCAGAAACAAAAGGUCCACUGGUGAUGGUUCAUGGGUUAUUUGGAAAUAAACAAAAUUUUACAUCACUGGCCAAACGAUUGAGUAGUGAUGGCAGAAAGGUACUGACCGUUUGCUGUAGAAAUCAUGGUGAAAGUGGUCAGAGUUCAGAUAUGGAUUACCACUUAAUGGCCAAAGAUCUAGAAAAUUUGUUAGAUGAUUUGAAAUUGAAGGAUGUUAUAUUAUUAGGCCACAGUAUGGGAGGAAAACUAGUCAUGACCUCAGCUCUAACACAUCCUGAAAGAUUAAAAGGAUUGGUAGUAGUAGAUGUAACUCCAGCCAUUAGCCCUAGUGGUCAUCUAGAAUCUUAUGCUAGGAAGAUGAGAGAAAUACCUUUAAGAAAGAACUUGUCUCUAUCUAGAGCUAGAUUAGAAGUUGAUAGUCAAUUGCAAUCUACAGUACAGGACAAAAUAGUUCGAAACUUUUUAUUGACCAAUUUAGUAGAAAAUAGUAAUGGUGAUGUAGAAUGGAGAAUCAAUCUGGAUUCUAUUAUUUCUAAUUUUAAUAAAAUAUUGGGGUUUCCUACUGAUAUACAUGAUGUUACAUUUGAUAAACCAUCUUUAUUUAUUGGUGGCACUAGAUCACCCCAAAUUUCAGGAAACACUAUUCCAAAGAUAAAAGAGUUUUUUCCAACCUGUGAUAUAGAGCUGAUUGAAGGUGCUGGACACUGGGUUCAUUCUGAGAAAUCCAACCAAUUCUUACAAAUUGUCAAAAACUUUCUGGACCAGAAGAAUUUAUGAUUCUAGAAAAUUUUAUAAUUUUUUAUCUGAUUUGCCAAAACAUAUCACAAAAUAUUCAAAACAUUUUAAUGUGCUUUUUGCAUCUAAUCAUGCAAUGAACAGACUUUAUUAAGAAGAAUUAAGACAUUUAUUAUGAAUUAUUUUUCAAAUUAUAUCAAUAUAUUUUACCCUAUGCUUUUUUGUAUGACUGUGAUGUAUAAAUGAAAUUUAAUUAGUCAAUAAUGUUUGCAAUAAAUUUCUGAAGUCUUUUCUCAUCGGUUUACAAUAAUCUGCUUAUUAGUUUUAGUAUUUUAGUAAAGCUAGCGUCAGUAUUUGUUUCUAUAUAAACUUUUCAUUGUGAUUUUAACAUAUAAUAUUUCAUGUUGAUUUUAAUUGAUAUAUUGAAAUAAAGUGGAAAUAUU